AUGCUUUCUAACAAUGAAAUUCUAGGAAUACUAUACCUGAAACUUACAGGAAUGGGAAUCCUAGGGAACUGUCUCCUAUUUGCAUCUAACUUUAACCUCCUUACUGGUAAUAGAAGUAAACCCAUUAACCUAAUUAUCAUCCAUUUGGCUUUUUCUAACAUCAUAUUGCUUCUCUUCAGAGGAAUUCCUACCAUAGCACGAGUAUGGGGGGUCAAAUGUUUCCUGGAUGGCCUUGGAAUUCGCAUCAUAACUUACCUAGAGUCAUUGCCCCGUAGUCUUUCCCUGGGUGUCACCUGCCUCCUGAGUGCUUUCCAAGCAAUUAUUCUCAGUCCCAAUAGUUCAAUCUGGGCAGAGCUCAAAACUAGAGCUCCAAAAUGCAUCACUCCCUGCAUUCUUCUUAUCUGGAUCUUCUAUAUUCUAGUAAACAUAGUUGGGUUUGUAUUCCUCACUGGUCCAAAGAAUAGCACAGAGAGUAAACAUGGAUGCAACAUGGGAUAUAGAUUUCUGGAACUGUAUAACACAGAUCAUUUAAUAAUUACAAUUACAUCAUUUUUCCAUAAUACAAUUCUUGUAUGUCUCAUGGCCUGUUCCAGUAGCUACAUGGUCUUUAUCCUGUACAGACACAACCACUUAUUCAAGCACAUUCAUAGCACCAACCUCCACCAAAAAACUCCCCAUGAAAUCAGAGCUACCAAAGCCAUUCUGCUUUUAGUAGGUACCUUUGUUUUCUUUAAUACACCAAGUUCCAUUUUUAUUCUUUACACAUUUUAUUUUAAAGAAGGAAGUGCCUGGGCUAUACAUGCCUCUGCCCUUCUUUCCCUAUGUUACCCAGCAGUCAACCCUUUUCUACUUAUCAGCAUUGACACCCAUAUACCCAAGAUUUAUUGUGUCAGCUGA